UGCACUUCUUCAACAUAUAGACAACACACAAGUUCAUGAGAAGCCCCCUUAUGACUUGUGGUUAGAGCUUGAAGAUUAUAAUCAUGAGAACAACAAUAUUAAUAGUCCUCUCUAUACUGCCUCAGAAACAUCUUCAAUUUCUCAAAGUUCUAUGAACCUUCCAUCCCCAACUAUUUAUGAUAAUACAAUGUCCCAAACAAGUCUAAGUGGUGAGACUUAUCAAAAUAAUGAGAACUUUAAGCAAUCACAACUUUCAACAAGGACCUUCCCAAAUCUCACUUUACAAACUUCAUUCAAAUUUGCCAAGCCUGAAAUGUCCCAAACAAGUAUUGAAGGAAGUUUUAGUUGCCUAACUGAUGAAAACUUUAAGAAAUCACAAUGUUCAAAUAGGGUCUUCCCAGCUAUCACUCCAUUACAAACUUCAUUCUCAUUUGCCAAGGCUGAAAUGGAAACUCCAACCUCAGCAUUAAGACCAUUGGCACCAUAUCUACAGGCUGAAGCAACAACAUCUUCUUGCACUAAUCAAGAAGGGAAUAAUGAAAUCUCUUGGUUUCAGCCCAAAGUGAAAAAGUCCAAGCAUCAUCAUUCAAUUGACUAAAUAUUUAAUAUAUGUAAAAUGUACAUACAUAUGGAGUUACGAUAAUAACAUACGUAUUCAGGGUAAUCCCACAAAGUGGACUUGAGAGGGU